AUGCGAGAGGUCAGUAUGAGGGCUGUAACUCAUCGUCAAGCUCGUCAACUUCUCCAUAACAAAUUUGUUGUUGUGCUUGGUGAUUCAAUUCAGAGGUCUGUGUACAAAGACUUGGUGUUGCUUUUGCAAAGAGAGUCUUAUCUGUCGUUAUCUCAACUCAGAAGCAAGGGAGAGCUGUCCUUUGAAGGAGACUGUUUAGUAGAGGGUGGAAGACUCGGUCAGAUGAACAAUGGUACAGAGUACCGAGAGGUUCGCCAGUAUCGCACGGACCAUCACCUCGUCCGGUUCUACUUCAUCACACGGGUCUUCUCUCGCUACAUGGAAAGCAUCCUUGCUGACUUUAAACGUGAGCUGAAGCCAGAUGUGGUUAUAGUCAACUCCUGUGUUUGGGAUGUAUCAAGAUACAACCGUAAGUGGGGCCCAGAGUACAAGGAGAACCUCAAUAAAUUUUUUGUGCAUCUGAAGGCUGUUCUGCCAGAGGAAAGCCUUGUGGUGUGGAACAUGACCAUGCCUUUGGGCAAAAAGAUCAUUGGAGGUUUUCUGGUACCAGAGAUUCAGGACAUGGGCCCGACUCUUCGCUAUGAUGUGGUUGAGGCAAACUUCUAUGGUGCAGUGCUGGCAGAUACACAUGGGCUGGACGUCCUAGACCUUCACUUUCUCUUCCGGUUUAGCCUCCAGCACCGCAUGAAUGAUGGGGUUCACUGGAAUGCUUUGGCUCAUCGUCAGAUCACAAGCUUGCUGCUGGCUCACACUGCUGAGGCCUGGGGUGUUGAGCUGCCCAAUCCUGUAGCCCCGGACCAGGCUAAGAUGAGCUUGCUGGAUUACAAGCGGACGCUAAAUCAAAGUGACAACAGACCAUCAGGAUCCAUGGCAGAUUCUGCUCAUUAUGGAGUGCCAACCUGGCAACACCAGGUACAAUAUGAUGGCUUUGGAUCCCAUUUUUAUGAGGAUGAAUUACCUACACACUCCGAGUUCAGCACUGGUUACUUCAGUUUUGAGAACAACAAAACUGAUCGUGGUGGGAACUACGACAAUCGCCAUGAUGGUAGUGGCAGAACUGCACGUGCUGCCCCCUCCUGGCGAGGAAAUAACUUCGUAAUGAAGAAAGAACACACCAAGUACCAGUAUAACCCAUACACUCGGCAUAAUCCGAACAAGCCUUACCGAUACUGA